AUGGAUUUCAAAGCCUUAAUGGCCGCUCAGAUCGCAAAGUCCAAACCACCCACCGCGAAACCCAACCAACAAAAGUCCACCCCUCCCACCCCCACAGCCUCAACAACAAGCAAAUACGUGCGACGAGCAGAUCUCGAAGCCGCCCGUGAAGCCGCCUACGCAGCCGAACAGGCCCAGAUCCAAGCCGAGCGAGAAGAGCGAGCAGCGAAGAAACGCAAACUGGAAGAUGAAGAAGCCGAGCGCAAUGCAGCCCGAGAGGAGAAGAAGCGGAGGUUCGCAGAAGAAUCUCGAGUGCGGCGUGAACAGGAAGAGCGGGAAGAGGAGAGGAAACGGCGGAAACGACUGGGUCUCCCCGACCUUCCGGACCCCGCGGAAUUAAAGGCUCUCGAGUACGGCGAUGGAGCACCCGCGGAAGGCGAAGACAUAGAUGACGAAGACCUACGGAACCAUCUACGAGAUACAGGCGAGCCAGCCUCCCUCUUCGACGAGACACACAACGCACGACUGAAGCGCUACCGCACACUGACAACCAAAUCACUCGCCCCGAAACUCAGCAACGGGCCCAUCCCGACGACUCUCGAGCCCGUCCCCGAGAAAGACAUGCUGAUCCCAGCACCACCGCUCCCCACGAAAGACUCGCCGACAGAACACACGUUCCUCUACCGCCAAUUAGCAUCAUACUUCACGCUCCUCCUGUCCGAAUGGCAACACGCGCUCUCGCAACGCAGCGCCGAAGUCAAAUCCUCCUCGACCGGCAAAGCCGCCCAGAACGCGUACCUGAUGGUCCUGCAAGACCUGACGCCCUUAUUCCGACAUUUCGAGCGACAAACCCUGGUGUCGGACCUCCUGGAACCCAUCUGCGCGAUCGUCCGCUCCGCGCAACACAGACGCUACGUCGAGGCCAACGACGGAUACUUGACGCUGUCGAUCGGCAAGGCGGCGUGGCCGAUCGGCGUGACCAUGGUGGGCAUCCACGAGCGGUCGGCACGGGAGAAGCUGCAUGAGAGCAGUUCGGGCAAGCAGGCCCAUAUCAUGACGGACGAGGUGACGAGGAAGUUCCUCCAGAGUAUCAAGCGCUGUAUCAGUUUUGCGCAGACGAGGUGGCCGCCGGAUGAUUUGGGGCAGUUGAUGGGUUAG